AUGGCGAGCUUGGGUCUUCGAUAUGUGUGGAUUGAUAGUCUUUGCAUCCUUCAAGACGACCCAGAGGAUUGGGCCCGAGAGGCGGCUCAGAUGGCGGAUAUUUACCGGUACGCCCACUUGGUCAUCAUCGGAGCGAAUUCUCCUGGGGACACCUUGGGGUUCCUUUCCUCAAGAGAGGCUCCUGAUGUGGUGCCGCUGCCACCACCACCACCCACCUCGCCAUCAUCUUCCAGAACGACCACCAACAUCAAGCUCUGCCUCCAACUUGACGACCGUGACUGGACCUACAGCUGGAAAUCAACAGAAAAUCCAGACCACCUCCGAAACGAGCCUCUAAGUUCAAGGGCAUGGUGUUUGCAAGAGCGGUUUCUGCCCCUACGUGCUCUUCAGUACGGAACCCGCCAAGCUUUCUGGGAGUGCAAUACCAUCAGGGCAAAUGAAGAUGGGGAGGCCGUAGGUAAGAAUAUUCUGAGCAUGCAGCGGAAUCAUGUUAGCCGGCUUGCUAAGACGGCAAACGUCAAGAAGACGGUUUUUUCAAAGGGAACGUGGAGACCGGCAGACAGGGAGGCCAGUGGAGGGUGUCGGUACAACUGGGUGGAUUGGUACUGGAUGGUGCAGGAUUUUACUGCACGGGAUAUCACCAAAGCGACGGACCGGUUUCCUGCUGUGGCUGGGUUGGCAAGGGAGGUGGUGCGUAUUAGGAGCAAGAAUGAUCACGAGGCUAUGAGGGAGAUGCCGGGUGAGUAUAUGGCUGGUCUGUGGAAAAGUGGUGUUCUGGAGGGGCUGUUUUGGUGCAGAGCUGUCCCUGAAAGACUGCUUGAAUCGACAAAGGAGCAUGUUGCCCCGUCGUGGUCCUGGGCUUCGGUUGUGGGCCAGGUUCAGUUUCCUGUCUAUGAGUGGUAUGAGAAGCGCGCUGCUUGGAAGUCGAAUGUCCUUGACUUUGAGCCGUUGGCAGAGUAUGUUUCCCACUCUCUGGAACUGAGGGAUCAUGAUCCCUUUGGCAGGUUAGCGGGAGGCACUUUGACGAUGAGGGGGCCACUGUUGCCCGUCACCAAGAUCAAAGCAAGGCAAGAGAAGGAACCGCCGUUGAAUGAUGUGUAUGGGCUUGCACCAAGUCGAUCCGAAGUCACAGACGGGAUAUAUCGACUGCAGACUGAGAGGAACGGGUGUAUAUGGGUAGAAGGUGGUACGGAUUUUCCAUCUUCUGAUAGUCAAAUUGACACAGACGGGCUGGCAGCAAUGCUCUUGAUUCGUGUGCCGCAUGUGCUGGAUCACGGCUUUAUUGACUGUCGAUUUGGGCUUUUGCUGAAGAGAUUGGACGAUGGAUGUUAUCAGAGGGUUGGAUUCGUUGAUGGGGCCAAUGAAGGAAACGGGGCUCCCUUUCUUCAAGAGCUUUGA